ACCCGCUGACGUAGCGGAGACAAGAUGGCGGCCCGGGCAGCGGGAGCCGGAGUCCGGCUUGUGUUUUGAGGAGAAGGAAGGGAGAAACCCAGGCCGGCCCCUAAAGGGCGCGGGGUACCGGCCUCAGCGCUUAACUUUAACCAGAGGUGAUUGUUUAUUUGAAAAUCAACAAUGACAUCUAUCAUCAAACUGACCACCAUUUCUGGAGUCCAGGAGGAAUCAGCCCUGUGCUAUAUGCUACAGGUGGAUGAGUUCCGCUUUUUGCUUGAUUGCGGCUGGGAUGAAAGCUUCUCCAUGGAUAUAAUUGAUGCACUGAAAAAAUAUGUUCAUUUGGUUGAUGCAAUCCUCCUUUCUCAUCCUGAUCCCUUACACUUGGGAGCUCUCCCUUAUGCUGUUGGAAGGCUGGGUUUAAACUGUGCAAUUUAUGCCACAAUUCCUGUUUACAAGAUGGGACAGAUGUUUAUGUAUGAUCUAUAUCAGUCUCGACACAACACUGAAGAGUUCUCCCUGUUUACUUUGGAUGAUGUAGAUGCAGCAUUUGAUAAGAUUCAGCAACUGAAAUAUUCCCAGAUUGUUAACUUAAAAGGUAAAGGACAUGGUUUAUCCAUUACUCCUUUGCCUGCAGGUCAUAUGAUUGGAGGAACAAUCUGGAAGAUUGUAAAAGAUGGAGAAGAGGAGAUUGUAUACGCAGUUGACUUUAACCAUAAGAGAGAAAUCCAUCUAAAUGGAUGUUCACUGGAAAUGAUUAGCCGGCCCUCAUUGCUCAUCACAGAUUCUUUCAACGCAACCUAUGUUCAGCCACGAAGAAAGCAACGAGAUGAACAAUUGCUCACCAAUGUUCUGGAAACUUUACGUGGUGAUGGCAAUGUGCUAAUUGCCCUGGACACUGCAGGCAGAGUGCUGGAGCUAGCUCAACUUCUCGACCAAAUCUGGAGGACAAAGGAUGCUGGGCUAAGCGUCUAUUCUCUUGCUUUACUCAAUAAUGUUAGCUAUAAUGUAGUGGAGUUUUCUAAAUCUCAGAUGAUGUCAUAG